GUUCACAAAAAAAAAAAAAAUUUCCAAUAAUAUCGUGACCGCGCGUAUCUACAAUUUAAGAAUUCUAAAUCUACAUAAAUAAUAUACGUACAAUCCCCACAUACAUAUUAUAUAAUACAUAUAGUUAAUAAUGUUAUACAUUAAUUUAAUUUUAUUAUUCUACUUAUUACAUUUAAAUUGGAUGUUAUUGCUUAAAGGUGAAAAUAUUGAAAAUAAAUGGUAUCAAUAUUGUAAUAAUUUUAAUAAAAAUUAUUCUUUACCAUUUGAAGAUACUAUACGUCAAAAUAUUUUCAAAGAAACAAUAAAUUUUAUUAAAAAACAUAAUAAAAAAUUUCAAAAUGGUUUAGUAUCCUAUGAUUUAGGUAUAAAUCAUUUAUCUGAUUUAACAAAUUAUGAAUAUUUUCAAAAAUAUCUUCAAUAUUAUUAUUAUCAUAAUAUUAAUAAUAAGAAUAAUAAGAAUAAUUUAUAUGAUAAAAUAUUAAAAAGGAAGAUUCAACAAAGAAAAAUAAAAUUUCAUCAAAUGUUACCACGUUCAGAUAUACCAGAGACAAUAAAUUGGCUUAAAUAUGGUUAUAAAAAUAAAAUUAUUGAUCAAGAGAAUUGUAAAAAUUCUUAUAUAUUAGCAAGUAUUUCAACAAUGGAAGCACAUUAUUAUAUAAAAUAUAAAAAAUUAAUUCAAUUAUCUACAAAUAAUAUAUUAAAAUGUAUUAAAAGAUUAGGAAAUUUUGAUUGUAAUAUUGGUGGUUCAAUUGAACGUAUAUACCAAUACGGUAUGCUAUUUGGUAUUCCAUUAGAAAAUAAUAUUGAAAAAAAUAAUAUUACAUGUAGAAAUGAACGUAAAAGUUUUUAUAUUAAAAAAAUAUAUAUAUCAAUACCAAUGAUCAAUUCAACAACAACAGAAACAACAACAACACGUCUACCAUCAUCAUCGCUAUCACCAUCAUCAUCAUCGCUAUCAUCUAUAGCAAAUGCAUUAGUUGAAUCAAAAUUAUAUGAUAUGAAUAUAAUACAAAAUGAAAAUAUUAUUAUUAAUAGUAAUGAAAUUGCAAUGCAACAGGCUAUUGCAUUUUAUGGACCAGUUACUGCUGCUAUUGAUGCACGAUUAGAUACAUUUAGAUUAUAUCGUGGGGGUUUAUAUUAUGAUAGUAAUUGCUCAUCAACAUUAAAUGAAACAAAUCAUUUUGUUACUGUUAUCGGUUAUGGUAAAAUGAAUGAUAAUACUGGUAAAGAAUAUUGGUUAAUAAGAAAUAGUUUUGGUAAUGAUUGGGGUGUUAAUGGUUAUAUGUUUUUAAUAAGAAAUUUAAAUAAUCAUUGUGGUAUUGGAACAUAUUUUAUAUAUCCAGAAGUUGCUUAACUAUAUAAUAUAGAUUACAAUAUAUAUAUAUAUGAAUAUUUAAGAGGUAAUAAUUGUAAAAUAGAAUUUAUGAUAUGAGGAGGGGGGGGUCAUUAAAUUUAAAAUAAUUGUGAGUGUAUUAUAAGAAAUCAAAAAACAAAUUUUGCAAUAUAAUAAGGGGCUAUAGCAGCAAGGCUAUAAGAGUUUUUAAAUAAAUUAGAAAUAAAUUUAAAUUCAAUUUAUUUGAUAAUUGAAAUUGAUUAAUUUUACUUAUAUUUGUUAAAUACAAAAUUGCUAGUUUCACUAUUAAUUUAUUUGUAAAUAUAAC